UGCAUUGUGGGAGUUUAUUUUUGUAAACAGCGGUGCGUUCAAGAGCUUACGCUAACUGGUUUAGCCUCCAUGACAUAGCGCUUAGUGCUCGACGCAUCGAUUUCACGCUUUUUGUGUAUUUUUAAUACAUUUGCGCGACAUCUCGAACACGACUGCACACACCUUCCUUCCUUUCCUCGUCAUAAAACAACAAAACGAAGAGGAGUGGCCAAUGAACUGAGCCAAAAUGGCUUCGAAGGGGCGUCAGUUUCUCACUUUACAGUGAUUCACCCAAAGUGCGGCUAGCUACUUAGCGAGCGAGCUAACGAGGAACUAUCAGUAGGGAAGGAAACGCGCCGGUGUCAGUUGAACAUGGCUGAUCUCGAACAACACCAAGGGGAGCAGGGCAUUCAAGAGAAAAUUGAACAGACGAGAGAGAGGUUCAAAAAUGAGUUCCUCAUAGAUUCAUCCGACAAAUAUGACCAAAGAGACGUAGAUAAACUGCUGAAGGACAACUCCAUGGUGGAGGGCUACCUGAUGUGGCGACUCUACGUGGUGGACGACGCCUUGAAAAUGAUCGAUGAGAGUUUCCAGUGGAGGAAAGAAUAUGGUGUCAACGAUCUCUCUGAGAGCUCCAUUCCCAGGUGGAUGUUUGAAACCGGGGCAGUCUUCCUCCAUGGCUACGACAAAGAGGGCAAUAAGCUCUUCUGGUUUAAGGUUAAGCUGCAUGUGAAGGAUGCAAAAACAAUCUUUGACAAGAAGAAAUAUGUGGCUUUCUGGCUGGAACGCAAUGUCAAGAAAGAACCUGGGAUGCCUUUGACAGUAGUGUUUGACAUGUCAGAGUCUGGCCUUGCCAAUAUUGACAUGGACUUUGUGAAGUACGUUGUAAAUUGCUUCAAAAUAUAUUAUCCAAAGUUGCUCUCCAAGAUGAUUAUUGUGGAGAUGCCUUGGAUCAUGAACGCUGCUUGGAAGAUUGUGAAGACAUGGUUGGGUCCGGAAGCCAUCAGCAAGCUUAAGUUUGCAUCCAGAUCGGAACUCCCGUCGUACAUCGACCCAGAGUACUUGCCGCCUCACAUGGGAGGAUCGGACCCGUUUAAGUACAGCUACCCUCCACUCCCCGACGAUGACUUCCAAACACCCAUCGGCGACAAUGGACCAAUCGUCAGCGAGGACGAGAUUGAGAGCAAAGAGAGCGAGCUAGAGAGCAAAGAAGGCCUCGAUUCCAGCUUCAACUCAGAGGUUGCCAUCAAGCCCAAAAAGGUGAAUUUCCUGGAAGAAAAUGUCAAGACUGAAGAGAACGAUAAGGGUGACGGCCGAAUCAAAGGAGUGAGGAAGCCCGUGACCACAUUCAAAGGCACUCUGUUGGACAUCAGCCCUGCAGAAGAGCUCAGUUUCGGUUGUGGAGAUACAGAGAAGAAAAGCCUCAUUAUCCUGUGCAAUGUGACCAAAAACCCAUUAGCCUUUAAGGUUCGGACUACGGCACCCGAGAAGUACAGAGUGAAGCCUAGCAGCAGCACUUGUGAACCAGGCGCUUCCAUCGAUAUUGUGGUGUCACUGCAUGGAGCGUCUCAAGCGUCCCCCCAGGAUCGCUUCCUGGUGAUGGCGGCAGAGAUGGACAACGUAGGAUCUCAAGAACUCGCGCAGUUCUGGAAAGAAGUACCAAAACCUAAAAUCAUGGAACACAGGUUGCGAUGCCAUGUUCUUGAAAGCGUCAAACCGGUGGUGAACCCUUUGAAGGAAUCUUACGAUAUAGGAAGCAGCAACGACAUUAACACGAUGCUCAUGCGUUUGAUGGCCUCCAAUUCCCGCCUGGAGCAGAGCGUCAACACGUGCAUGUGGGUCCAGAAAGUUUUAAUCUGCCUGGUCCUGAUUCUGCUUUUACUCAACCUGUACUGCAUCCACCUGCUGAUGUUCUACCAGCAACUAUCUUGACCAACAAAGACCGUUCAAGGGACACAAUUCGGUGCCGACGAUCAAAGACGCUUUUAACAACUUGGCAGCAUUUUAUAAGCUGGAAAAAAAGGUAUUUAUUACUAAAAAAUAUGAAGGAAAGAUUUAUUUUUGUGAUCAUAUUGUAUGUACAAUAUUUUAUAUGAUAUUGAAGAUGUGAAAAUAAACACUUAAUUCACGUAAGUCAUUUUUGUAGCGUGGACAUAUAAGUAUAGAUUCAAUCAGUAAAGUUGCGGUCCUUCGCCGCCAACAGAUUGCUUCUAAUUAGCUAAAACUACAGAAGCAAUUAGCAGCGGGCACAAGGACACGCGCGCAUUGCUUAUUGUCAAUCUGUUUUAUCUGCGACGCCGAGCAAUCAGGACCCGCGUGAUGAGCGGCCAUUUCUGUUUAGUUAUCAACACGUGCCGUUCGAACGCGGUUGGCUGAUGAGCGACAGUAAUGAGCACAUUCUUGCGGUGUUGAUUACCAUGAGGUUGUUUGCAAAAGCCUCCGAGACCGCCCGCUCUAACCUACUUUGAAGUUUUAACGCUGCUGGAAGUUAAUGGAGUCUUUGGGAGUGGGAAGAUUGUGGGUCUUAUAUGGCUCACCAAAGAAAUAAAAAGCAUUAAAACAUUUCACUCAAAAAUACAUCAUUAGUACUACCCCCACCUUUAAAUUGAACAUAUAAAUUUCAUCCUUCUACUGAGUUUGUCACUAGUAGCGAAUUCAUUCGCUGCUAACCCUCCGAGUUUAAAUGGAUUGAACUUCCAUUGCCGUCAAUGGCAGCCAACGAGCUAACAUAAUAUGUGUAAGUUGCCACUCAGGUUGUUGUUGUUAUUGUGGAGACUCAUUUUGAAGUCUUAUUCUUCUGUCAUUAAUCGACCGGUUGUCUUGAAACUUUGCACCCAUGUAGCAUGGGGCUUGUAUCAUUACAUUCUCGGAGCCCGAUUUUUUAUUUCUUGUCUUACAUCUUAUAUCUGUCAUGAAUAAAAAAACAAGUCUAAAUGACAAAAUGUUCAUUUUUUUUCCUCUCCAUUUU